GGACUUGGCUUUCAAUAUUUCUCUUUUGGAGGGGGCAGUGUCCAAGUUGCUCACUUUAGCAAAUAUUUUAUUCAUCAAAAGGGCAAUAUUGUAAGUCUGACAGUCUAAUUCUUGAAUGAUACAUCUUCCUAAGAGAAGACUAUGCUAGUUUAUGGUGAAAUUACCAGGGAGGUAGCAUCUUCUUCUCUUCCACUCAACAGUCGGGUAGCCAUUGUGACUGGGGCUUCACGCGGCAUUGGUCGUGCCAUUUCCAUUCACCUGCACUCUCUUGGUGCUAAAGUUGUGCUCAACUAUGCUUCAAGCUCCACCCAAGCUGAUCACCUUGCAUCAGAGCUCAAUGCCUCAGCUUCGGCUUCUCACCCCCAUGCAGUUGUUAUCAAAGCUGAUGUUUCAGACCCAGAUCAAGUCAAGCAACUUUUCGACAGAACUGAGCAAGAAUUUGGUUCAAAAAUCCAUAUCCUUGUAAACUGUGCUGGGGUUAUGGAUCCAAAGUACCCUUCUUUGGCCAAUACAACGGUGGAGGACUGGGAUAUGACUUUCAAUGUCAAUGCCAAAGGAGCAUUCUUGUGCUGUCGGGAGGCAGCUAAUAGAUUGGCUAGUGGAGGUGGUGGAAGAAUCAUAAUGAUAUCAACAUCUGUGGUUGGAUCAAAUUUUCCAGGAUAUGCAGCUUACGCUGCCUCCAAGGCCGCAGUGGAGACGAUGACAAAGAUACUAGCCAAGGAGCUAAAGGGUACAGGAAUAACUGCUAAUUGUGUUGCUCCAGGACCAGUAGCUACAGAGCUGUUUUUUGCAGGUAAAACUGAGGAAACAAUCAAGAGAAUAGCUGAUUCCUGCCCUUUGGGCAGACUUGGCGAGCCAAAGGAUAUAAGCGAAAUUGUGGGAUUCUUGGCUAGUGACGCAGGCGAAUGGAUCAAUGGCCAAGUCAUAAGGGUCAAUGGUGGAUUUGUAAUCUAAAGGCUGAAUUAAUUUGUCUGAUGAUUCGAGAGUCUUGCAUUGUUCUCAUAUGUUCUUCAAAAUCAUUACUUCUACGUUUAGAUUCAGUUUCUUUUCCUUAGUGAUGGCCUCAGCUAUUUCUAGAAAUGAAUAUCCAGACGAAAUGAUAUUACCUGUUUUUAUGCAUCCAAUCAAUAUAAAUGCUUUUGAGUUUUAGCAA